AUGUCCACUACAUGUGAGAAAGGAGUUAAUCAGACACAAGCAGAUGAAGGAAGACGAGAUAGCAGGAUGAAUGCCAAAGAUUGCAUAACCAUGACUCAGUUUCUCAAACAGCAGAAACCUUUAAGGGAUAUGGUGAAUUCUGCUGAAUGGAGUGAGUCUAAAUGGCCCAAAGAAGCUGGAGCAAGAAAAGUUAGACAGUAUCUUAUGCAAGCGAGUUUUUGGAAUAAUAUUCGACGUGCUCUGAAGCUUAUGACUCCUCUUGUCAAAGUACUUAGGAUGGUUGAUGGAGAGAAAAAUGGAGAGAAAAAACCAGCUAUGGGAUACAUUUAUGCAGCCAUGGACAGUGCAAAAGAGACAAUCGCAAGGGAUUUAAACUGGAAUAAAGAGAAGUACGAAAAAGCCUUUGAGAUCAUUGACAAAAGGUGGCAGUGUCAGCUUCACCAUCCUUUGCAUGCUGCUGGGUAUUUCCUAAACCCUUCAAUCCAUUACAAAUAUCACGAUGAUGUACAUUGCGCCGAAGUGGAAGGGGGCUUGUUGGUUCCAGAUACAAAGACUCAAGACAAGAUAAUGACAGAGUUGGAUGCUUUCAAGGAUGCUACUGGUAUCUUCGGCCACGACAUGGCCAUUAGGCAAAAAGAUAUCAAAGCACCAGCUGAAUGGUGGUCUUGUUAUGGAUCUUCUGCUCCAAAUCUCAGAAGCUUUGCUGUUAAGAUCCUUAGUAUGACUUGUAGUGCUACUGGUUGUGAAAGAAAUUGCAGUGAUUUCCAACUUCUUCAUACGAAGAAGAGAAAUCGGCUAGCACAACAUUGGCUGAACAACAUGGUUUUUGUGAAGUAUAACAGAACUCUAAAACGCAGAAGCUUAAGAAGUGUGUGUGUCACCAGAGAUCCUAUUCUUUUGGAUGAAAUUGAUGACAGCAAUGAGUGGUUGAUUGGAAGAAUGGAUGGAGAUUCAUCUGAUAAUGAUGAUUUGGUGUGGGGAGAUGAUGAUUUGUCAUGGAAUGUUGUGAACCAAGCUAUGGGUGUUGAAGAACCCAGCUAUUCUACUAGAGGAGCUGGAGCAAAACGUGCAAGUUCAUCUAAAACAGAUAAAGAAAAAGGUAUUGCUAGCUCAAACCAGAAGCAAUGUUACAUACCAUAUGCGCUUGUUAUGACAUUGGUUGAUGAGGAAGAUGAGUUGGAAGAAGAUUUAGAUGAAGAUGACCUUGGGUAUGAGGAUGUUGAGUACGAUGAUGAAGAUGAGAAUAUUGGUGUUUCUGAAGAUGAAUUUUAG